UAGCAGCAAAGCAACCUUCCAGUCAACAGGCAACACAACAGCAAGACAACAAGAUGCUCUUUGCAAAGAUUACCUCGUGGACUGCAUUGAUUUUGUGGCUCAUUGUUUCAGGUGAAAGUACCCUCGGAACCACAAUCUCUCAAACGGACUCACCCUCAUCAGCCGUAUCCAGCCCCAUGCCGGAAAGCUCCACAUCGGCAACUGCUGCACCCACCAGCGCAACACCAGCAGAAACCAGCAGCUCCGCACCUACCUCACUGACACAAACCUCAGCAUCCAGCGCCAUGGCUGAAACCUCCACCUCCCAGAUAUCAGACAGCACCAGCUCAGCCCCGACAGAGAGUAGCAGCAGCACCGCAUCAGCAGAGAGCACCAGCUCAGCACCAACAGAGAGCUCAGCACCAACAGAGAGCACCAGCUCAGCACCAACAGAGAGCACCAGCACAGCCCCAACAGACAGCACCAGCACAGCACCAUCAGACAGCACCAGUUCAGCACCAACAGAGAGCUCCAGCUCAGCCCCAACAGACAGCACCAGCUCAGCACCAACAGAAAGCACGAGCUCAGCACCAACAGAGAUCACCAGCUCAGACCCAACAGAGAGCACCAGCACCGCAUCAGCAGAGAGCACCAGCCCCACAACAACAUUCAGCACCAGCUCAGCCCCAACAGAGACCACCAGCUCAGCACCAACAGACAGCACCAGCUCAGCCCCAACAGACAGUACCAGCUCAGCCCCGACGGGGAGCACCAGCUCAGCACCAACAGAGAGUACCAGCUCAGCACCAACAGAGAGCACCAGCUCAGCCCCAGCAGAGAGCACCAGCUCAACCCCGACAGAGAGCACCAGCUCAGAGCCAACAGAGAGCACCAGCUCCGCAACAACAUUCAGCACCAGCUCCGCAUCAACAGAGAGCACCAGCUCAGCACCAACAGAGAGCACCAGCUCAGCACCAACAGACAGCAACAACUCAGCACCAACAGAGAGCACCAGCUCAGCCCCAACAGAGAGCACCAGUUCAGCACCAACAGAGAGCACCAGCUCAGCACCAACAGACAGCACCAGCUCAGCCCCGACAGAGAGCACCAGCUCAGCAUCAACAGAGAGCACCAGCUCAGCACCAACAGAGAGCACGAGCUCAGCACCAACAGAGAGCACCAGCACCGCACCAACAGAGAGCACCAGCUCAGCCCUGACAGAGAGCACCAGCUCAGCACCAACAGAGAGCACUAGCUCAGCACCAACAGAGAGCACCAGCUCCGCAUCAACAGAGAGCACCAGCUCAGCGCCAACAGAGAGCACCAGCGGGAGCACCAGCUCAGCACCAACAGAGAGUACCAGCUCAGCACCAACAGAGAGCACCAGCUCAACCCCGACAGAGAGCACCAGCUCAGCACCAACAGAGAGCACCAGCUCCGCAACAACAUUCAGCACCAGCUCCGCAUCAACAGAGAGCACCAGCUCAGCACCAACAGAGAGCACCAGCUCAGCACCAACAGAGAGCACCAGCUCAGCACCAACAGAGAGCACCAGCUCAGCACCAACAGACAGCAACAACUCAGCACCAACAGAGAGCACCAGCUCAGCCCCAACAGAGAGCACCAGCUCAGCACCAAUAGAGAGCACCAGCUCAGCCACAACAGAGAGCACCAACUCAGCACCAACAGAGAGCACCAGCUCAGCCCCAACAGAGAGCACCAGCUCAGCACCAAUAGAGAGCACCAGCUCAGCCCCAACAGAGAGCACCAGCUCAGCACCAACAGAGAGCACCAGCUCAGCACCAACAGAGAGCACCAGCUCAGCCCCAACAGACAGCACCAGCACAGCACCAUCAGACAGCACCAGCUCAGCCCCGACAGAGAGUAGCAGCUCAGCCCCGACAGAGAGCACCAGCUCAGCCCCGACAGAGAGCACCAGCUCAGCCCCGACAGAGAGCACCAGCUCAGCCCCGACAGAGAGCACCAGCUCAGCCCCGACAGAGAGCACCAGCUCAGCCCCGACAGAGAGCACCAACUCAGCACCAGCAGAGAGCACCAGCUCCGCACCAACAGAGAGUACCAGCUCAGCCCCGACAGAGAGCACCAGCUCAGCCCCGACAGAGAGCACCAACUCAGCCCCGACAGAGAGCACCAGCUCAGCCCCGACAGAGAGCACCAGCUCAGCACCAACAGAGAGCACCAGCACCGCAUCAGCAGAGAGCACCAGCUCAGCACCAACAGAGAGCACCAGCUCAGCCCCGACAGAGAGCACCAGCUCAGCCCCGACAGAGAGCACCAGCUCAGCCCCGACAGAGAGCACCAGCUCAGCACCAGCAGAGAGCACCAGCUCAGCCCCGACUGAGGGCACCAACUCAGCCCCGACUGAGAGCAAACUCAGCCCGACUGAGAGCACCAACUCAGUCCCGACAGAGAGCACCAGCUCAGCACGAACAGAGAGCACCAGUUCAGCACCAACAGAGAGCACCAGCUCAGCACCAACAGACAGCACCAGCUCAGCCCCGACAGAGAGCACCAGCUCAGCAUCAACAGAGAGCACCAGCUCAGCACCAACAGAGAGCACGAGCUCAGCACAAACAGAGAGCACCAGCACCGCACCAACAGAGAGCACCAGCUCAGCCCUGACAGAGAGCACCAGCUCAGCACCAACAGAGAGCACUAGCUCAGCACCAACAGAGAGCACCAGCUCCGCAUCAACAGAGAGCACCAGCUCAGCGCCAACAGAGAGCACCAGCUCAGCACCAACAGAAAGCACGAGCUCAGCACCAACAGAGAUCACCAGCUCAGACCCAACAGAGAGCACCAGCACCGCAUCAGCAGAGAGCACCAGCCCCACAACAACAUUCAGCACCAGCUCAGCCCCAACAGAGACCACCAGCUCAGCAAGCACAGCCCCAACAGACAGCACCAGCACAGCACCAUCAGACAGCACCAGUUCAGCACCAACAGAGAGCUCCAGCUCAGCCCCAACAGACAGCACCAGCUCAGCACCAACAGAAAGCACGAGCUCAGCACCAACAGAGAUCACUAGCUCAGACCCAACAGAGAGCACCAGCACCGCAUCAGCAGAGAGCACCAGCUCCAGCUCAGCACCAACAGAGAGCACCAGCUCCGCAACAACAUUCAGCACCAGCUCCGCAUCAACAGAGAGCACCAGCUCAGCACCAACAGAGAGCACCAGCUCAGCACCAACAGAGAGCACCAGCUCAGCACCAACAGAGAGCACCAGCUCAGCACCAACAGACAGCAACAACUCAGCACCAACAGAGAGCACCAGCUCAGCCCCAACAGAGAGCACCAGCUCAGCACCAAUAGAGAGCACCAGCUCAGCCACAACAGAGAGCACCAACUCAGCACCAACAGAGAGCACCAGCUCAGCCCCAACAGAGAGCACCAGCUCAGCACCAAUAGAGAGCACCAGCUCAGCCCCAACAGAGAGCACCAGCUCAGCACCAACAGAGAGCACCAGCUCAGCACCAACAGAGAGCACCAGCUCAGCCCCAACAGACAGCACCAGCACAGCACCAUCAGACAGCACCAGUUCAGCACCAGCAGAGAGCUCCAGCUCAGCCCCAACAGACAGCACCAGCUCAGCCCCAACAGACAGCACCAGCUCAGCCCCAACAGAGACCACCAGCUCAGCACCAACAGAAAGCACCAGCUCAGCACCAACAGAGAUCACCAGCUCAGACCCAACAGAGAGCACCAGCACCGCAUCAGCAGAGAGCACCAGCUCCGCAACAACAUUCAGCACCAGCUCAGCCCCAACAGAGAGCACCAGCUCAGCACCAAUAGAGAACACCAGCUCAGCACCAACAGAGAGCACCGAAACAACAAUUCCAGCAGAAGCCAUCAGCUCUGCAAUGAGCUCAUCAUCACAAUCCAGUGUAUCUGUCUCGUUGCCAGAAAGCUCCACAUCUCCAGCGGUCACAAGUGCCGGCACAAUGGCCACAGCAGCAGGAAGCCACACAGCUGAUGCAUCCACCUCCCAGGUAGGAGAGAGCACCAGCACAGCACCAGCAGAGAGCACCAGUACAGCACCAACAGAGAGCACCAGCUCAGCACCAACA